UCAGAAUUACAGACAGUACAACUAUUCAGACCAGUGGCUGUAUAGACUCAGACAGACCCACGUUGAACCUUAGCUGUACAGAACUACAGAGUAACUACAGUUCACUCAGUAGCGGAUGUUCCCCUCAGAGCGCGCAGCCUUAUGGGUAAUGUAAGGUGCAAGGCGGUACAACACGCUGAAGGCUGGUGGAGAAAAAAUAGCUUCCGCAGUUCCGUCAGCUGGCGAGGUUAAAUGCUUUGUAAGUGUACACUGUUGGACGCGUUUUUCUGCCUCGUCCCGCAAGAGAAACAAGGUAACUUCGCUGCAGCGCUUGCGUCUUCAUUCCAGAAACAACAUGAGUCUGAACGAGCAUUCACUGCAAGCACUGUCCUGGAGGAAGCUGUACUUGAGUCGAGCUAAGCUGAAGGCUUCCAGUCGGACAUCAGCUCUGCUUUCGGGAUUUGCUAUGGUGGCUAUGGUAGAAGUGCAGCUGGACAACAGCUAUCCUUACCCACCUGCUCUCCUUAUUGCCUUCAGUGCCUGCACCACCGUGCUUGUGGCUGUUCACCUGUUCGCUCUGAUGGUCAGCACCUGCAUUUUGCCAAACAUCGAGGCGGUCAGCAACGUCCACAAUCUCAACUCUGUGAAGGAGUCUCCUCACGAGCGCAUGCACCGGCACAUCGAACUGGCGUGGGCUUUCUCCACAGUUAUCGGCACUUUGCUCUUCCUUGCUGAGGUGGUUCUACUUUGCUGGGUCAAAUUUUUGCCCAUCAAGCCCAACAAAUCCAGCAAUAACACCGUUUCAUCCGGUGUGGCCGCUGCAAUUACUUCAACCUCCAUCAUGGUCCCCUUUGGUUUAAUCUUCAUAGUAUUUGCUGUGCACUUCUAUCGCUCGCUGGUCAGCCACAAGACGGACAGACAGUUUCAAGAGCUGGAAGAGCUGUCUAACCUGACCAGGCUUCAAAAUGAGCUCGACAACAGGGGCGAAUCUUCCAUCUUGCAGUCGCCGAGCUCACAUUUCCCAUAGACAUGUACUGUGGAUGCACAUCUGUGGUUGAACUCUGACCGGGAUUUCCCCGAGCCAGGAGCUGUUAAGUUGGCAUCUAAUUUUUUUUAUAGGAAUGAAGAUAUAUCCCACACUUUGUUGUGAAAUAUACUUUUGUGGAAAUUUGUAUUUUUAGGAGACACAUUUCAUCAACUGUGAACUGACAAACCUGCCAUAAUGCAUGUAGUUUUCCUGAGAAAGUCUUAACUGUGAUAGCUGCUUGAUUUAUCUCUUGCGUUAUGGCAGAAUACAGUAACUUGGAAUCCUGUCUGUUGCCUGCUGCGUUUAUUUACAUGUGUGCCAGUGAAUAGUACAUUUGUUUAUGUGUAUUUUUUUCCCCUGUGUUUUGUGAACCUCAAGUAUUUAACUUUUUCCUCUUGAUUUACUGUGUUUAUGUGAUCUGCUGUAAGGUAUAUAAUUUGCUUUUGUAUUGCCUGCUGUUUGCGUUGAUUGACUAAUGAACUGCCAGAACUACAGUAUUUUUAGCAAAUAUCUGCAACAUCUGUAGGAAUGGUUGUAGUGUUAAAAUAAACAUUUUUUACCGAGUUGCACUAAGUUUAAGAGUGUAGAAAAUAAUUUGGAUGCAUUGUUUGAAAACUUAUCUUUAAUGCCAUCUAUGCAAGUUCAUGAAUGGACUUAAAACAUUACUUGUUUUCAUUACCCAUCAUCCUAAUGCUGCGUAACUAAGAUAAUCCUAUGUGAUGAUUUUGUUUAUACAACUUGACACCAAGAGUUUUUUUUUUAAAUCUGAUUUAUUACACAUGUUGUAUACUCA